ACAGUUUAUUUCUCAUUAGGAUUACCAGUUUUUUUCUCUUCUUAUACAAAGUAUAUAGUGACGGAAAGCACUCGUAAACUUUAAAAACGUUGUCAGCAACUAUUUUUUCGACAUUUUCACGCUAUUAAAUGAAAAUCAAUAAAAUGAAGCUUGAGUUCCUUUGCACAUAACUUAAGCUGACAACAAGUUACAACAUUUGCAAAAAAUGAUAUAAACAGUAGAAGUAUUGACAGAUACGCAGCAUUUGAAGGAAAGCACUUUUCGCGAGUAAUGAAGAAAUUCACACUGGUUCUACUAUUAUCAUGGAUCAUCGGAUACAGUCGAGCUGUAGCAGGCCAGCUACGAAUUAUGAACGGCAGUCCUGCAGAUGUGGGUCAAUUUCCUUAUCAAGCUUACAUUACCGAUGAUUUGACUGGUGCAUGCGGAGCUUCGAUUAUUCACAAGCGAUGGCUUCUUACCGCAGCACACUGCAGACUUUACGCAAGUCAUGCUUACGCAAUUGUUGGGGCUAUUUACAAAACUGGUUUGAAUGGGACGAGGUACAAUUACGAGAAGUUUAUUAAACAUAGCAACUUCGUUGUGAGUCAAAGGAGAAACAGGGUUUCGAAUGACAUUGCUCUUAUUCGUCUCAGCAAAGAUAUACAGUUUACAAAGCACGUGCAGCCAAUCAAAUUAGCGACAGACCCAUGGAAUGAUUACGCGAACGUUUCGGCAACGUUAUCGGGAUGGGGAAUUCGAAGCCCUCGCGGAGGAUUGACAUCGUCUAGGUUGUACUAUGCUUCGUUGAAAGUCAUUGGCGAAAAUGAAUGCGGACAACUAUGGCGAACGGUGAUGGACAAUCAAAUUUGUACUGGCGGUAGCAUUCACCAACCAGACAGAACCGCCGCUUGCAUCGGUGACUCAGGAGGACCUCUAGUCUACGAAAACAGGCAAAUUGGAGUUGCGUCUUACGGACAUGGACUUUGCGGUGUAUACCUGCCUGACGUUUACACUAGAGUUUCAAGGUAUUUGUCGUGGAUCGAGAAACAGUUGCAGUUUCACUCUGACAAACUAUCAUGGUGAAAUACAAAAUGAAGAAGAUCAUUGACUAAAAUAAAAUUUGAGA